AUGCGGAGCAACUGUACACAUAGGGGAAUGCUCGAGUCGGUAUUCAUUCGUACUACAACCAUAGUACCAUACCCCUUGUCCAUUCCAGUCGCGUCAUUGUUCAUUGUGCAUCUGUGUGUGGCUGGUUGCAGGGAGGCCGCCCACAACAGCAUCAACGGCAGCAUACCAGAGUUCAACCUGUGCGCAUGCCUGCCCUAUCCCUACCCGCCCUGUCCUGUGUGUAUCCCUACCCGCCCAUGUGCACCCCUACCCGCCCAUGUGCACCCCUAUCCGCCCCAUGUGCACCCCCUAUCCGCCCCAUGUGCACCCCUAUCCGCCCCAUGUGCACCCCUAUCCGCCCCGUGUGCACCCCUAUCCGCCCCAUGUGCACCCCUAUCCGCCCAUGUGCACCCGUCGUAUCCGCCCCUCCUGCACCCCAAUCCGCCCCUCCUGCACCCAAAUCCGCCCCUGUACACCCCUGUCCGCCCCUGUGCAUCCUUUUCCCUCGCUGCGUGCAACAGCUCGGUGUGGAAGAACAACCUGUCAGGCAGCAUUCCCGAGUCCAUUGGCAGCCUCAUCCCUAUCCAACCCUCGUGCACCGCUGUCCGCCUCUGUGCACCCCUGCCCGCCUCUGUGCACCCCUGUCCGCCCCUUUGCACCCCUAUCCUGCACUGCACUGCGUGCAACAGCUCGGUGUGGAAGAACAACCUGUCAGGCAGCAUUCCUGAGUCCAUUGGCAGCCUCACCAAGCUCAGCACCCUGUACCUGAAUGACAAUAACUUCUCUGGCCCCGUGCCUGCUUCUCUUGGCGGCUCUAAAGGCCUCAUCUUCCUUUCCCUUCGCUGUGAUGAUAACCCUCUGCCCUCUUUCACUCACUCACCCCCUCCAUCCACCACCCCUCUUCCGUCCUUCAGCGAGUUGUCAGGUUCGGGGCUCACGUGCCCGCCGAAUGCGUCCAACUGUGUGGUUCGGCAGGUCAACUACAGCGCCUUCUGCCAGGACUGCCAUGAAUUCUGUGCCACGUGCACAAGUGAUCAAUCCCCACCCCCAUCACCAAUCGUGGCCUCCCCUCCACCAUCCCCAUCGCCCAAUCAACCCACCUCCCCCUCCUCAUCCUCCCCCCCUUCCUCCUCCUCACCCUCUUCCACCUCUCUCGAUUCCUCCUCCCAAUCCGGCCUGUCUGUGGGAGCUGUCGUUGGCAUUGUGACAGCAGCCCUUCUGCUGUUGCUUCUGCUGCUGGCCUCAGCUUGGUGGCUUGCCGGGCACUUCAAGAUUUUCACUAACGUGGGAGGCCAUGUGAGCACACGGGUGGAGAACGUUCUCGUCUACGAGUUCAUCGCCAAUGGCGACCUGCGCGGGUGGAUCGGCCCAGAUACGUCCACAAGUUUGACUCUGCAGCAGCGGGUGGGCAUCCUCUUGGGGGUGGCACGGGGCUUGGAGUAUCUCCACAGCUUUGGCCUCGUGCACCGCGACAUCAAGCCAGCCAACAUCCUCCUUGACGCCCACAUGCAGGCGAAGGUGGCGGACUUUGGGCUGGUGCACGUGGGGGAGGGCACGUCAUCAUCAGGCUUCACUCGAGUGCUUGGGACGGUGGGCUAUGUGGACCCUGCUUACUCCCUUACUCACAGCGCCACCACCACUGCUGACGUUUACAGGUGCGGUCUUCGGUGUGCUCAUGCUGGUGAUGCUGUCGGGCAGAGGAGCCACCAUCAGUGCGAUGAGUGGCAGUGA